AUGUCUGAGCAACAAUCGAACGGAACUACCCCCAAGGUCACUGGUCUUAGCGAGCGCACCCGCGCCAAAUGGGCAGCCGCGUCGACGCCAGAGGAAAUCGCGGCCAACCUGCCUCCCAUGCUCGAUUUGACCAUUGAGAACAUCACAGAGAAUGUCAUGAAGAUCAAUUCCAUGUGCGACAACCCUCGCAUGCGGUACCUUAUCUUGAAGUUGAUCCAGGCCGCCCAUGACUACAUCCGGGAUGUUGGCCUUCAAUUCGAUGAAUGGGAGCAAGCGUGGCAGUUCCUAACCAGAGUCGGACAAAUCUCAACCGACGUCCGUCACGAAUUCGUCCUCCUCUCAGACAUCCUGGGUAUCUCCGCUCUCGUCGACGCCCUUUCCUACCCCGCGGUGCCUGGAGCAACCGAAUCUUCAGUGCUCGGUCCCUUCCAUGACGAAGAGGCUCAUUCAUUCGAAUAUGGAGAAUCCAUCACUGCAGAGGGAACCCCCGGAGAGCCCACAAUUGUGCGGGGUUGGAUCAAAGACACAGAAGGCAAUGCCGUGCCCAAGGCAUUGAUCGACGUCUGGGAAACCGACGGCAACGGCGUGUACGACUUGGAGUACGACGGAUCAGAGGACCCCAACUGCCGCGGAAAGAUCUUCUCCGACGAGAGGGGCCACUAUCUCUUCUCCUGCGUCAAGCCCGUCGCAUACCCCAUCUCCAAUGACGGACCCGUCGGAGAGCUCCUGCGCAAGCUCAAGCGUCAUUGGUUCCGUCCUGCUCAUAUGCACUUCAUGGUCGCCCACCCUGAAUACACCAAGCUCAUCACGGCCCUGUACUCCCGCGACAGCAACUUCGUGGAGAGCGACACCGUGUUCGGCGUCAAGAAGAGCUUGAUUGUGGAUUACAACUGGUGCGAGGAUCUGGAGCUGGCUAAGCAGCACAAUGUGGAGCCCAUUGUCAAGACGAUUGACGGACGCGAGUCGAAGGGAUUCUGGCUCUUGGAGCGUGACUUUAUCCUUGUGAAGAAGAGCCCUCCCCCGCCUCGCAAGACUGAGGAUUUGGAGUAG